CGGGCCACUGCGGGUGGGCCGGGGAGCUGCUACGAGAUGCGCUCCGAGAAGGAGCGGAGUGGCAGCUUAGGCACGACGGUUCCCACGCGGGGCCCUAGCGGAAGGGAGAAGCUGCUGGCGGCGGAGGUUCAGUCGCCCCGUGAGUCGCUGCGGCGGGAACCUGAUACACCGCCCCUCUCGUCGUCCGGUAGUGGAGGCGGAGCCGGCAAACCUCGCGAGGAGAAGAGGACGACUUUGAGCAAGGUGGUCCUCCGACGGCUCCCCCCCGGCCUCACCAAGGAGCGACUGGAGGAGCUGCUGCGUCCGCUGCCAGCGCACGAUUACUUCGAGGUGGUCGCCGCGGACCUCAGUCUUUAUCCUCAUCUCUACUCAAGAGCAUACAUUAAUUUUAGAAAUCCUGAUGACAUCCUUCUGUUCAGAGAUCGUUUUGAUGGAUAUAUCUUCAUUGGCAAUAAAGGACUGGAGUAUCCUGCAGUGGUGGAGUUUGCUCCUUUCCAAAAGAUAGCCAAAAAGAAGCUGAAGAAAAAGGAUACCAAGACUGGAAGCAUCGAAGAUGAUCCAGAUUAUAAGCAGUUUUUGGAAACUUACAGUGUGGAGGAAGAGAAGACCAGUGCCAAUCCAGAGACACUUCUAGGGGAGAUAGAGGCAAAAACAAGAGAACUUAUUGCUAGAAGAACCACGCCUCUUUUGGAAUAUAUCAAAAAUAGAAAAUUAGAAAAGCAGAGAAUUCGAGAAGAAAAGCGAGAAGAACGGAGGAGGAGGGAAUUAGAAAAAAAACGCUUGCGGGAGGAAGAAAAAAGAAAAAGAAGAGAAGAAGAAAGAUAUAAAAGAAAAGAAGCAGAUAAGCAAAAGAAAGCUGAGAAAGAAGUAAGGAUUAAGCUUCUUAAGAAACCAGAAAAGGGAGAGGAACCAACCACAGAGAAACCAAAACAAAGAAGUGAAGAAAUUGGUACUGGAGAUGAAAAACAGGAAAUGUAUACCCCCUGUUCAACCUUGAACGUCAAGCCCUUAGAGAGCCAGCUGGAGGUGCCCAGGGAGAAGUGAGCAUGCCUUGUUUCUACGGCCUUCAUCACAAAGUCACAACAUCAAUGAAUGUGUAAACCUCACUUUAGACUUGGACUAUGGACGUGUUGCCAGGAUAUGUUAGCACUUAUUUGUUUCCCAUCAGUCACACCUUCUUUAUAAAUGUUGAAUGUACAGUCACAUCUACCUUUAAAUUAAGAAAUUUCUGUUACUGUUCAACUGUUGCCUGUCUGAACUCUUCUUUUACCCCUUAGACUUUCCUCUCCCAGUUCCUCAUCUGCACUGAGAUCCCUGUGUCUGCUCUCCCAGUCUUUCUCCCUGCAUAGUUAUUACAGGUAGUUUUCCUCUGUUUUGAGAUUUUUUUUAAACCAUUUGCUCUUCUAGUCCUCCUACAGUUUAUCUAUUAUUUAAAAAUUCAAUUAUCUAGAAUUGUAGGUUUCAAACUCUUUCAGGGCUAGCCAGUUCUUAAGUGCUAUGAUACUUCUCUGUGGGCCUGCUUUCUGCUGGUCUUGUCUCUUUCUUUCCCUUUGCCAGCUCAUAGGAUGACUCCAUGGGGUGAGCUUAUUGGUGUAAAGGGCAGAUAAGGCCCCUUGCCACCCCCAACUAUCCCAUCUGGAACACACAGUCAAGCUUGCCCAACCCAGGGCUCCUGCCUCUCACUCUAUCAUCACUUCCAUGAUCUUUUAGCCUUGAGGUUUUUUCAGUGUUUUUUGUGUCAUUUUUAUAGUACAGCAUCAUCUGAUGCCAUCUCUGGCAUGGAGUCCUCA